UUUGAAAAAAAAAAGUACGAACACACAUCUCCGCUCAGACACAAUAUGACUGGCUAUAAAUAACUCAGGAUUCAUGGCCGUUGCUCGGUUACGAAAUUGCUAAAAUAUGUCCAUUGCCCGCUGAAAGAGUGUCGGUAGCAUAUGUUUUUGGACAAAUUAUUUUGAUCGUGUUUUUUUAAUUCCGUAAGAAUGAGCAUAGAGCGUAGAUCGUGUACGGGCUCAGCGCCUCACGUCACGAGAAGGCUGUGUGCAACACUUGUGUUUUUUAUUGGUGUAGUUUGUGUUUUUGGAGGCUAUUUAUUAGGGCGUAUGGCCCGAAGCGAGGUGAGACGGAACAACGAUAUCGUCCCAAUCAAUCUCACCAUCGCAGCUGAGCUUCUGUACAAAAGGGCCAAACGCGUCUCACCCAAAGCCGUGCACCACAAUGAUCCAGAGAAAAUAGCUGCUAAAUUGUUGGACGCAUUCCAUUGCACCGCGCGAGAAUGCGGCGCGCGCGGUAUAACGAAUAACAAUGUAGCAGAGUUCGUAAAAACUUCGAUACAUUACCACGUGGCUAAAUUGACGAGGUCUAUCUACAAUGCUUCCGUUUAUUUAGACUCGUUGAGAUGACAUUGGUAAUUCACCUCCAACAUUUUGCAUUGGAGCGAGCGUAUGAAAGAAAAUACGCGGGAGUUGGGACUAAUUAGGUUAAAACUGUUUUGUAUUUUUAUUUAACUAAGU